UGACUAAAGUAGCUGUUGGACCUAAAACGCAGUUAAUGCAUUAUGGAUCAUUUAUUUUUCGCUGCAGCAAAGAUUUCACCGAAGAUCGAAAAGUAAAUGAAGAAGCACGUCCAUGACGUUUUGGUAUAAUAAAUAAAGGAAUCAGAACUCCACACGUUUACUUUAUUCUUUCCAUUCUCAACAUGUCCUAACAAAUUUCUAAAGAUAUAAGAAAGAAAAUAUUCUCCUUUACCACUUUGAAUUGUUUUAUUUUAAGUAAAUUCUAUGUUCACGGCAAUGCGGAUAAAAUAGCAUUCUCAAUUAUUAUUUCAAAAAUUUGAUGUAAAUUCACCGUUCAAAUUCUAGCGAAUCGGGAUUGUAGGUGAUAUAACUUAAUUACUAUUUGCUAUUUGAAGGGCAUUAUACUUUAUCCAGCUUAGUAUGACGUUUUUCUUGAAUCAGUGUCCCUGGAAACUUUCGAAUAUCGAGACCGCGUUCGAAACGAGGGGAACUUAAUGGCGGUCGAAGAGCCCCCAGUGGGGGCCCCCCACCCUGACCCCGUAUGCAGAGGUAGUCAAGGUGUCAACAGGCGAGGCCGAACAGAGUUUACGCGAUAAUUCUUGCCUGUUCUUAUUAGCGUAUUUAUUUUGUCGUUUAUCGCAUCGCGCUAGAAUAUUUAAAUCUCAGUAGAAGCAAUACACGCGUUAAAAACAACUGGCGUUUGGAGAAUGCGAUUAUUCAAAGCAUAGCACAGUGCAGAUUUUGCUUUGACGUGUAUGUGUGUGUACAUGCAUAAUGUUUUGAUUCAAUCGCAGCUGAGAUUCUGUCGCACUUAUUUCUUUAAAGAAUGUUCCCCGACUUUGUUUCGACAAUGGAAGUGUAGCCAGCCUUUAAUUUCCUCUUUGUCGAACACCAUAAGUUUUGUAGCACAAUACACGUGAGCCGACAUUUAUUAUAUUAUGAUCUUUUUUCUCAAUGAGUGUAUAAAGUUGUAGCAGAAACGGAGCAAUGCGUCCGAUGCUUGCAAUGUAUAACGUAUAACACAUAAUAUAUGAUCCUUUGCACGAGUUCCUUGCAACAUAAUUGCUCAAUAAAUAAUCCAAUGAACGCGGAUGAUGAGCUUUAUUUUAUCAAGCAACAUUGAGGCAAAUAUAUUGUAAUGGGGUGGGUCUCAUCCACCGCAGUAUGGAUUACUAUAUGGAGUUGCCUAUUGCGGGGCUUCAAAUUAGCUCCACAAACGUCUCCAAAACAAAUACCAUGUGAUAAAACGAGGAAAGUGUUUACUGAUUCUUGGGGAAUCAUUAGCGAUGGACCGUUUGGCUCAAAUUAUACACAAGAUUCUCACUGUGAAUGGCUUAUAAAAGCAAACAACAGCCGCCAAUUUAUCACUUUAAGUUUCCGUACAAUGGGAACAGAAUGUAGUUAUGAUUAUGUGUUUGUUUAUGAUGGAGAUUCCUUUCGAUCUCCACUUUUAGGUAGUUUUAGUGGAAAAACAGAACCACAGCAAGUGACAUCGUCAUCUGGUUAUAUGUUAAUAUUAUUGUACAGCGAUACAAACUAUGUUUUGGAUGGUUUCCAUGCAGAAUUUUCAGUCACAAAUUGUCCAAAUAAUUGUACAAACCAUGGAAAAUGCAUUAAUAAUACUUGUUUUUGCGAAAAUGAUUGGGGUGGGAGAGAUUGCUCCCAUGCUCUUUGUCCAAACAAUUGCAGUUAUGGUGGAGAAUGCGAUUUAAAACGAUGUCAAUGCCAUCACGGAUAUUCGGGACAGUCUUGCUCGUUACAUAAAACACAUCCAGAAGGCAACAAGUGGUACUGGCUUUCUCACUCUGAAGGUGGACUAAGACCACGAGCAGCGCAUACAGCGGUGUAUAUAAAAGAAACUGAUUCUCUUUACGUUUUUGGCGGGUAUGAUCUCAAUUAUAUACUCAGCGAUUUGGAAGUAUAUCAGUUUAGUACAAGUCAAUGGGAAGAUGCCUAUGGUAACGUAUUAGAAGGCACCUCGUCCGCAGAAUACUUAGAUCCUAUGCUCAUCGCUACUGAAUUAGAUCGGAUAGGUUCAGGUGCAAACGAAUCAUAUGGUCUUCCCAAAUCGUCGUUGAUUUGGAGAGUCAUCUACAGUAUUAACAACAAUGACACCCUUGGUUUACGUAAUCACGGAAACGCAGAACAUAAGGAACAUGAAAGGAAGGGUCAAGAAACCAGGAAAGAUGACACGAGUAAAAGUACAAUUAGGAUAGAAAGAAACGAAGAUGUUCGAAGAAAGCAUUCUAGGCAUCCAAAACCGCGAUAUGCACAAACUACAAGACAUCGCAGAAAUCUUGAAAACUUGAAUCUUUAUCGAGACUUUCACGCUGCAAAUGCAAAGAGUGACGUAUUGUAUUGGGAGGAGCAAAAUGUUGGCAAUCCUAUGGAUGAGAAGCUAGUGGUAGAUGAAUCGUUCGAGGAUGAGCCUACAAAACCACCGAUCGACGAAUUACCCAAGCCGAGUUCACGUUAUGGUCAUGCUGCUUGUAGAUACGACGAUGGUUUCGUAAUAUAUGGUGGAAAAGUACAAGAUGGUUCUUUGUCAAAUGAACUAUGGCACUACAAUAUUAAUACACGUAUUUGGACAUUACGAGCUAAAAACUCCCCGUUCUAUCCACCACAAUUGACAAGACAUACUCUUACUUUAGCAAAUGAUUAUAUCUAUCUUUUCGGAGGUAGUACAGUCGAUGGUGAAUUUUCGUCGAGUCUUUAUAAUAUUAAAUUGAAUUUAUCUGAUGCUACCGCAACUACAGAGAGAUGGAAGGAAGUACAUCCUCGAGGGGGUAAAGAACUAGACGUACGCGUAGUAGCACAUUCAACCGUAUACCACCGCGCUACUAAUUCUCUAUUAGUUUACGGAGGAGUAGUGGCUAGCGUGGCACGCUUUAGUAAAUUAUCAGAUAGAAUGUUUGUGUUUCAACUCGACAGAAAAGUUUGGUCGGAAAUCCACUAUCCGAGAGCCCACUUACGAGACACUUACGUUCCAAGAGAACGAGCAUUUCAUACUUGUAAUAUUAUAGGGAAUUAUUUAGUUGUAUUUGGUGGAUAUUCUCACAGACACAAUAAAGAGGAAAUUUGUUAUGAUAAUCAGAUGUAUCUGUAUCACCUGGGCUGUCAUGCCUGGGUAAGUCACGAUGUAUUGGGUUUGAAUGACAAAGAUUCACGUUAUCCGAAACAACAAGGAGUAUUCGCGCAUGCGGCUGAUGUGCGCAACGGAAACACUUUGUUAUUAGUUGGUGGUUAUCACGGAAACGUAAACGCGGAUUUACUCGCGUAUACACUACCACCGAUGCUCGCACCAGGAGACGAAGAUUACAUAGAACCCGAACAAAUCUGCUCAAGACACAAAAGCCUAAUGGAAUGUGCCGCAAAUCCAGAAUGCGGUUGGUGCUCAGCAGACGAGAUAUGUUAUGGUAGAACCAUUGGUAGUAAUUGUACGACUAAUCUUCAAACGACUCGCUGUCCAGGCGUUUGUCCUGCGCUUGGGGAUUGUCAUUCUUGUUUAAUACAUGGUCAACCUGGCGGUGGUUGGGGCACGACUGCUCGUGGAAAGAAGUCCGUUUCCAACAAAUUAAAUCUUGGUACUUGCACUUGGUGUGUUCAAAAUGCGCGGUGUCAUCACAAAGAUGAUAAUUACGGAGUCUGUGGUCUCCGAGACGACACGCCGUUACAAAUACCCGGAUGGUGGGGUCCGAAAGGAACAGAAAUUAUAAAAGUCGAGGAGUGUCGGGAAAUGGAUAAAAGGCCAGGAUUAACAUUUUUAAAGUAUAAACCGCCCGUAAACUUUAGUCAGCCAGACUCUGUAACGAUAGUUAAUGCUACCACGGUUGAUUUCAACGUUCCGUCUGUGCAAGGGGCAAAAAUAGAGUCUGCCCUUGGCGGUGAAAUGAUUGCUAGAUUAAUUGGAUUCCUUAGACCACCGCAAUAUUAUUGGGACAGCACGGUAGAGCACUUGAAGAUCUGCGUUAGUUACAACAGCGCAACCCUGCACGUAUCGCGAAGCGACGAUCCUCAAGAAUUGGAAUUAGUCGCGAAUUUAACCGCUGAGACGUCACAGUGCAUUCCAACAAAAUGGCCCGACGGACAUCAAAUGAUGUUGUUGCCAGGGCGAUAUCUACUAGAUUUCGAGUCGAAAAGGAUGGUUACCGCAAGCUACGCGUACGCCAGUAAAAUGGAAAUAACCCAUAACAAGAAAACCGAGAACCCAAAGGUGUUCACUUUCGAAUAUCUUGAACCAUAUCAAAACGGAUCUUGUCAUCAAUAUAAAAAUUGUCUUCACUGCCUAACCGAUUCUUCGUGUGGCUGGUGCGAUAUUAUUAAUAAAUGUCUAUCACGUUCGAUCAACGAAACGGAAAGUUGCGUAGCCGACAUGGAUUGGGACGAAGAUGGGAGUCCGAUUCGCGAAUGGCAUUACUUAACCAUCACUCCUUCAGCCUGUGCCAAUUGUUCUAAUUACAUUUCCUGCGAAUCCUGCGUUGGUAGCAACUUGUGCGAAUGGUGGACAGAGGAAGCUCGUUGCGCAAGAAUAGGUAGAGUACCUAACGCUGUCGUUAGUCUCGAUCAGUGUCCAAUCCCGUGUAGACAGCGGUCAAACUGCACGCAAUGUUUGGAUGAACGUGGAAGAUGCGUAUGGUGCGAAGCCACGCAAGAGUGCUUUUCGUUUUCGGUAUACACGUCCGAAUACCAGUUCGGUUUAUGUAGAGAAUGGAUGGAUCAAGCUGGUCUAAUGGGAGUAACCGCGAGAUCUGGAUCAUCCUUAACAGGCAACGAUCAAUGCAAAAGUUGCAGUCGGCACACGAAUUGCUCCAGUUGUUUACACUCGUUGAGUUGUGGCUGGUGUUACAGUCUGGAGAAUCCUAUUUUGGGAGUAUGCGUGCAAGGGGAUUUCAAUCAGCCUCACGUCAAUUGUAGCUUAGUAAUCAACGAAUAUCAAAAUAGCACCUUAGAAGCUGAUGAAUCCAGUUGGGCAUACGCACAAUGCCCCGACGUCGACGAAUGCGAUUUAGGUCUGCACGAUUGCCAUCCUAACGCGUUGUGUACGAACACUCACGGUAGUUUCAGUUGUCAAUGUAAAAGAGGUUUCAACGGCGAUGGUAAAGAGAAUUGCACGAAAACCUGUUACGAGAAAUGCAUCAACGGUCGUUGUAGCGAGGACCCUCUCUACAAAUGCGAGUGCUACCUUGGUUGGACAGGACCGGAUUGUAGAACGAAUUGCGGUUGUUACAAUCACUCUACUUGCGUGCAAGGCCCGGGUGUUUGCGACGAGUGUCAGGAUUGGACUACUGGCGUGUAUUGCGAGGAAUGCAAGGCGGGCAGCUAUGGUAAUGCCACAACGUCGCUUGGAUGCAAAAAAUGUAACUGUAACGAACACGGAGACAAAGAUCUGGCCAUUUGCGAUCGACAAACUGGUGUAUGCUUCUGUCGCGAUAACACGCAAGGGGACAUGUGUCAGCGCUGUAAGAAAGGCUAUUACGGUGAUCCUAGAGACGGUGGAAUGUGUUAUUAUGGCUGUAUGUCGCGUGGCAUGCUCGGAGGCGAGGGAGCUGGUAGACAAGGCCUCGGUAGCAGACACUCGCAAUUAUCAUUGCGGGAAAGUCAUUUCGGGGAGUCGCCAACGAGAGAAUGUCUCUGGAUAGUCAGUCCAAAGACAGACCUUUCGUCGGAUACGAUGCUUCUAGGAACGCAAAGUGUUAUUCAGUUUACUAUACACGAGGACAUAAAUGUUAGCUGCCAAGAAAAUAGCGUUUACGUGUACGACGGACUUCCCGAGUUUGUCUCGUCUACUACUAGUCAUCAGAGUCAACUACUAGGCGUUUAUUGUACAGAAAGCACGGAUUAUCCUGUAACAGUGGAAGCCAAGUCUGGAUUUCUCACUGUUCACUAUAAACAAUUGGACGAGGUGGAGGGAUUCAAUGCAAGCUACAUAAUAAUGACGUGUAACAGUUGCCCUGGGAAUCGAGAAUGUCGAAGUGGGAAUUGUUUGUGUAAAACUGGUUUCGUGGGUAUCAAUUGCGAUAUCGAACUAUGUCCUAACAACUGUACAUCGUCCAAGAAGCAAGGCAUCUGCGACAAGGGCUAUGGUCGCUGCGUUUGUACAGCCGGAUACGGUGGACACGAUUGCUCGAUCGUAAUUAAAGAUCAUCAAUUGGUUUUCACCGAACUGUUUAAUUCCGAGUACUUGGCAGAUCACUUGGAUCAUCUGCGAAAAACUCUGCCGCGAUUCGGUCAUACAUUGGUCGCCGACAGAAGGGGUAGUCUGUGGAUGUUCGGCGGAUAUUCUCUUAGCCACGGUCCUUUGAACGAUAUCAGACUGUUCGAUACUAAAAACAACACGUGGAUGCCUAUUACCGUGGAAUCGAAUUCGGAAGCUUCCAUGCCUCAAGGUAGAUAUUUCCAUGCGACUGAAAUAGUCCACAGCAGACAACAGAUAUACGUCUACGGCGGUUUGUCGAUGAAGGAGGAAGACAUUCAAGGAUUAUCGAACAACACGUUGAGCGAUUUCUGGAAGUUCAGUCUUCAGAAUCAGAAGUGGACACAAAUCACGCGCGACGAGUUGGAAAGGGAGCCACCGCCUUUGGCUGGGCAUACGUUGACUUUACGCAGAAACGGAGAGUCGGAGAGUCUGUUAUUGAUUGGGGGAUUUAGCCCCAAGUACGGAUAUCUUGACAUAGUAUGGGAAUUUAAUCUGGAAACGGAAACUUGGCACACGAUUAACACGAUUGGAAAUGGACCAUUGGGAGUUUAUGGCCAUUCGACCGUAUACCAUAGCAAAUCGGACAGCUUUUAUAUUUUCGGUGGAUACACGUAUGCGAUAAAUCGAACCUUCAUCUCCAACAAAUUGUACGCGUUGAAUUAUAAAACUCGCACUUGGUCGGUGCUUCCACCGUUUGACGAUGAUCUCACCGAUGGAAGUAGUUUGCCCCAAGCUAGAUUUCUUCAUUCUGCCGUCACCACUGACGAAUACAUGGUCAUAUUCGGUGGUCGCCAAAAUCCUCAUAAUACUUCUGAUUCGUUGAUCGCUUACAAGUAUUCGUGUAAUUUAUGGAUUCGUUUGAUAACAAAGGAUAUGGAAGUAAUCGGAAGUCCUCCGCCACCAGCAUAUGCUCACGCGAUGACUCACGCUGACCCAGAGUCUAAUGCUGUGUACGUUGUCGGCGGUUUUGACGGUGGAAUUAAAAGUCAUGUUACACUCAUAAACAUACCUGAAGAUUUGUGCAAUCUUUGGACAGAUAAAAUAACUUGCAGAAAAUACUUCGGAUGCUCCUUUUGUUCUGUUACUACAAUUAGUGGGAAUAAUGCUUCUUUCUGUUUUUCUAAUGAAGUGUCUGUUAAUAAGGAUGACAGAUGCGAUAUUAAUGUUACUCAGGCCCAACGAUCGAAUGGAAUCUUUUGUAAUUCAGAAUGGAUGGCGAGCAGAAAAUGUCAAAAUUUUAAAACUUGCACGGAAUGUUUAGCAAAGUGGCCGUAUUAUACAAACGAGGAGCCAGUAUGCAAAUGGUGUAUGAAUUGCCAAGAUGGAUCGUGUAUACCGUCCGACAAAGACUGCGAUGAAUUAAAUAGGUGCAGCAUCAGACAAAUGUCGGCGAUGGAUGUAAAUCAAUGCGGUGAACGACAAUGUCCAGCUAGCGAUUGCGAGAAAUGUAAAAGUCUCGGCGAAGGUUGUGUAUGGACAAGACAAGUCUUGAAGAUUUCUGAGGUGGGAGUUGCAGUAACAGGUGAGCCUGUAUACGAUUGGAAUUGUGUACCGAAUGUUAUCUUCGAGAGAUCGAGUAUUAAAAAGGGAAGCACACAAUGCGAGAAACGAUGCGUUGAUCAUAAAGAUUGUAGAAGUUGUUUGAAGGGAACUGGAGCUGAAGGUGGAUGGCGGGAAUGUAGAUGGUCUACGCAACUCAACGAAUGCAUCUCUCCAUCGUAUCAACCUCUUUACUGCGCUGGUGGUGUAUGUGGCUUGGUACUACGUAAUUCUGAUAUGGAUCAUUGUCCCGAGCCAUGUUCCGUUUUUAAGCAAUGCAGCACAUGUUUAAAGCACUCCCACUGUGGGUGGUGUUCUUUAAAUUCAACUAACAUGACUGGUCAAGGAAUAUGUACAGAGGGCUCGCUGGAAGCGCCUGCGGAUCAUCCAGCUGGUGGCACAUGCGAAAUGCUGUAUUAUCAACAGUUUCCUCAAACGGAAGCACCAUCUACAACUACAUUGUCCUCAGGUGUUAUAACAUUUCUUAAAAGUCCAUCGAUUCCUAAUGUAAUAUCGAAGCCAAUAUUUUCUUGGCACUACGUGCGAUGCCCUCCAGAAAACGAAUGCACCAAUGGACACCAUACAUGUUCCCCGAAAAGUGAAAAGUGUUUCGAUUCGGAGGAAGGCUUCGAGUGCAUGUGCGGCGACGGAUAUAAAACUGAAACGCCCUCAUCCAACGAGUUUGGAAGAAAAAUUUGCGUGCCAAUGUGUACGCAAGGUUGCGUAAGAGGAACAUGCAUAGAUCCAAAUGUUUGCCGUUGCGACUUUGGUUACGUAGGUGCCAAUUGUUCGAUUCAGUGCCAGUGUAACGGCCAUAGUAAUUGCGCAGGUCCGGAUAAAUUGGACGUCUGUUUGGAGUGCCAUAAUAAUACGAUGGGACCACAAUGCGACAAGUGUUUACCUCUGUUCGUUGGAAAUCCAAUGGACAAUGGACAGUGUAUACCAUGCCUUGAAUAUUGUAACGGGCAUACACGAAUUUGCAUCAAUGAAAGCAUGACCGUACCGGAUCCGAAUUCUAUCAACAAAAUGUCGUUCGAUUUAUUAAAGAAACAGUUAGUCGAGGGCCCUGUAGCCAAGGCGAAAUGUGUGAAUUGCGGCAACAACACGAAAGGUGACAAAUGUGGCGAAUGCAUGACUGGUUAUUUUAGAGGAACGGAAGAUUUACGGGAUGUGUGUCGACCUUGUGAAUGUCACGGGCAUGGAUUCACUUGCGAUCCUGUAACAGGAGAAAAGUGCAAUUGCGGUAAUAAUACAGAAAGUCAGCCAUGUACCAGUGGCCCUAUGAAGGGUACGAAUACUGGUGGUCCUCCAUGCUGGAUGGUGCAAUGCAGUAAAUGCAAGGAGAACUAUGCUGGCGUACCAACUAUGGGACAUCAGUGUUACAAGACUGUAACAGUUGACAACAAAAUGUGCUUUGAUUCCAAAUUAAUAGACGAGUGCAAAUUGAAGCCAAAGCCAUUGAAUCCCGGUCAGACGGUAUUCUACAUGGUGCAGCCGCGUUUUAUGAACGUCGAUAUCAGAGUCAUGGUGGAUGUAACUCAAGGAGCUUUGGACCUAUUUCUUAGUCCUCGUGACGAUUCUUUCGUCGUUACUUUAAAUUCCACGACGGGCUAUCAAGACGUUGAAUUGGACAACAGAUUCGUAUGGCGGAAAGAUUCUCACAUGUGGUCAGACGAGCACACCGGUAGCCGAAUGAGGAUAGUUGAAUUCCAUCCAGAUAAUACAUUUGCAUUUACAUCUAACGGUACUACUACUGAACCAGAUUGGAAUACCGGCCCUCAAUACAUCGUGAUGGAACGCUACGCGGAAAGUCUGGCUACUUUCUUAACCAUCGAAAAGAGGAACACGUUGUUAGUCGUCAGAAACCUCACUAAUCGAUUGGUGUUAACUUUGCCACAGGACAAACACGAACUCCAUCAAACAAAGUUUCACAUCGCGUUAAGAGCAAUCGACCCCGUACAUCCAGAGAUAAGUGGUCGAGCUGCCUAUGGAAUGAUUUUCUUCCGACAGGAUCAGUUGCAUAUCGACCUCUUCGUCUUCUUCUCGGUGUUCUUUUCUUGUUUCUUUUUAUUCCUAGCUGGUUGCGUGGUCGCUUGGAAGACAAAACAGGCAGCCGAUGUUCGAAGAGCGCGAAGAAGACACGUUGUCGAAAUGUUGCAUAUGGCUAAGAGACCUUUCGCCUCGGCUACCAUCAUUUACGAUCGAAAUGGUAACGAUUGUAGUCCGAGCUCACCUCAGCGAAAAAAUAGACGUAAUAAAUUAGUUAGCUUUCACAGUGACGUUAGACCGGUAGCAGUCGAGCCAACCGAUGACGGUGUCGCGGCUGUGGCCACGGUUUUCAUCAGAUUACCAGGUGGUCGACAGGCUCCUGUUAAAUUGGCUCUGGGCAGCUCGUUGAUAUUAUUGACCAGAGUUUAUCCAGUCAAUAGUAGAGUGUUCCUAAGACGUAGAAACAGUCACGCGUUGAACUGAGCCUCUCUCAAUAGGAAUUUCUUUCCUCUAUCUUUAAGUCUGCUAAAGCUCUCGAAACACGUAGACGGUCAUUUUUAUUCUUUACCAUUGCGAAUCGUUUUCGUUGAUCUCAUCGUUCGUUUUAAUUAUCCGUCGGUUCGUGUUGUUUGGUGCAUUAUCGUUACACGAAUUGAGAGAUAAUGUUUUUUUUUUUUUUUUACAUCGCAUAGAUCAAAUUUUUUAACGAGGUUUAUCAUUUGUUCUACCAUCGUCGACAUCGUUCAAUAUUCGCCAGUAAUACGAAUCUUUAGUAUAAUCUUGUAUUAUAUAGUUGCAAAGAAACAACUGUAAGGGUAUUUAAGCUAGGUGAUAAUAUAUUGUCAUACCAUUCCAUGACGAGACUGUAUGUUUGUAUAUAAGAAUCUGUAAUUAUGUAUUAAUCCGUGAUUUACACGUUUUUGUAGACGCAUUUUAUGUGAACCGGACAUGGUUUUGUGUCUUGGAACGUUUUGUGGUUACUUUCGGAGGAAAGUGGUGAAUUUUACUGUGUCGUUUUACGAAACUUUGCCCAAUCAUUCUUGCACGAAUUUGCAAGGUGUGUUUACUUGCUAACGCCAAGUCGACUAUCUAACGAGGAAUAAUCGAACGGGGAGAAGGCAGCUACGAGUAUCAUUCUCGCAGUCAGAUACUUCUUUCGUAUUUCGAUGAAGAUUUUAGACGAUAUCGAACAAAUUUUAACGAAAAGGGAUAUUCAUUUACAUCGAGCAUGCGAUGCUGGCGAUUUUAUCAUUACCGUCGAUGUAAAUAUUAAAAUUGUCAGUUGCGGAACAAAUCAUAAAGCUUGAUGUGACGUAGUACUCCAGUCCGGACACCAUCAGGAUUACUCUUAAACAAAUGUAAUAACAAUCCGCCAACUGGUAUUCCUUCCUAACAGUUAGCGAACAACGUGAUUUUCGAACAUGAUAUACGUGUACAUAAAUACAGAGAGAUCCUCUUGCUAGUUCCUCCACAAAUGCAUGCAGUCUUAUGUUUAGAAAUCGAUCCACCAUUAUGGGAAAUUAGCGAUAGAAUCACUUUGUACGUCAUGAACGCUUGAAGGUAUAUCGUGACUGCUGAAAUGAGAUCGAAUUGUAUUCGCAUAAUUUAAACGAACAGUAUUAGUAUCGUUGAUUAGAAGGAAGCUCGAUGAUGCGUGAAUGCGAAAAGGUUCCUAUGCCAAAAAAAAAAAAAAAAAAAAAAAAAACUGAUGAGGAAUAACAACACGUCGUAGCAUAAUAAUAUAUUAUUUAUGGCAAGAGAUGAUAGAAACGUAAAGGACAUUAAUUAGAGAAAGUUGUAAAUACGCCGGAUACACACUUACGAACGUUUAUCGACACUGCAUGUAUAUCCUGAUUGUAAAGUAUUAAGUAUUACCAUCAUGGAUAUCGUCUCGAGUCCAACGCGGUGGCGAGAAAAAUUGUGUCUUUUAUCAAAGAUGAUAAGCCAAGGUUACAUAUUAAUCAAAAAUAUAAAUAGGGUGUUGAUGCAAUGAUAUUAACGUGUACUAUUAAGUGAAAUGUAAGCUAAUUAAUUGAUACUACGGCCGACCUAGUGACGUAAAUGUAAAUAACCAAUGAGGGAUUUUGCUAAAGUGUUAUGCGGUAACAAACAGGUUUAAUAUAUUCUGUACAGAAUGUUUUUUGGAGUAAUUGUUACGCGAUCCGAAUAUUUGUCACUGUACUCGUAUAGAAAGCAAUGUAUCGUCCAAGCAGUUUUCUUGGAUACAAAACUACGCAUUACUCCACGAUAUUGGUAUCGAUACACGAAAUGCUACUUGCGCAAAAAUUUCAAUGUCGUCCUUUUUCAACAAAUUCUACGAGUACAGUGCAAAAUGCUCGUACCGUUUUUGGAAGCAUUCUACGUAUGCCAUCUAUAGUAUUGAAAGAAUGCACUGUUUUUCCUCGACUAGGAAUAACGAUACACUGAGCAAUUGUUGCAUGUCCAUACGGCAAUUUAGCACGUUCUGUCCGUUGAAUCUCAAGGUCUAUUGUUUUUUCACGAGUCUCGUCAUUGUACAUCUCGACGACAGUUGAUUUUAUUAUCUUCCGAAAACUCUACUGAUUCAUCUCUCUACAACAUAUUUCUGUUCUUUCUUCAUUUUCAUCGCUGUUUACAAUUGUACGUUUAUUUACCUUCACGCGACCAACUAUCCUAAUUACUCGCACGCGUGGUUUGCGCGACAGUCUGUAAAACUCAUAUUUAAGGUUGCAAACUAACGUGUAUGUACAUUUACAUAGUUUUACGUAAUAGAGAUAUAUAUUAUAUAUAUAUACAUAUUAUGUAUACACGAUGAAUGUGUAAUUUCUCGAUUGUACAGAUCUGAGCGUUAUCUCCAAAAUGUUCUAUUUUAUAUAUAAUUAUUACAUUGCAUUCAAUGUAAGCGAUAACUUCCAAUGCCGGCAUUGCAUCGCGUUGAGAAAUGUUUGUAACACGUCGAGACACUGUCGUUUAUAAAAGUGUAAAGAAAAGGUUGUGAGAUACGUUGGUGUCAGCAUCCCUGCCAAGGUUUGCCCAGCAUCGUGGAUUUAUUUCUAUCGUUGGGAGGAAUAAUGAGGUUGUGCUAACGAAGAUUAAUGAAUUGUAUUGAGGAAGCUUUAAUAAACGUGUGUAAAAUUGGGUUUCA